AUGUUUGGAACCCUCUACUCCUAUAAUGAAGAAAAAUGUGAUGAACCCCUUGUGUCUGGGCUCUCCCAUGUAGCUUUCAGCAGCUCGUCCUCCAUGUCUGCAAGCUAUUCUCCUGGCUAUGCCAAGAUCAACAAGCGAGGGGGUGCUGGGGGAUGGUCUCCAUCUGACAGUGACCAUUAUCAAUGGCUUCAGGUUGACUUUGGCAAUCGGAAGCAGAUCAGUGCCAUUGCAACCCAAGGAAGAUACAGCAGCUCAGACUGGGUGACCCAAUACCGCAUGCUCUACAGUGACACUGGGAGGAACUGGAAACCUUAUCAUCAAGAUGGGAAUAUCUGGGCAUUUCCCGGGAACAUCAACUCUGAUAGUGUGGUCCGGCAUGACUUUCAGCAUCCCGUUGUUGCCCGCUACGUACGCUUCGUGCCUCUGGAUUGGAACGGAGAAGGCCGCAUCGGGCUCAGAAUUGAAGUCUACGGCUGUUCUUACUGGGCUGAUGUUAUCAACUUUGAUGGCCAUGUUGUGUUGCCAUAUAGAUUCAGAAACAAGAAGAUGAAAACACUGAAAGAUGUCAUUGCCUUGAAAUUUAAAACCACUGAGAGUGAAGGGGUGAUCUUACACGGGGAAGGACAGCAAGGUGAUUACAUUACAUUGGAACUGAAAAAAGCCAAACUGGUGUUCAGUUUAAACCUAGGAAGCAACCAGCUUGGCCCCAUAUAUGGCCACACGUCCGUGAUGAUGGGGAGCCUGCUGGAUGAUCACCACUGGCACUCCGUGGUCAUUGAGCGUCAGGGCCGGAGCAUUGACCUCACGCUGGACAGGAGCGUGCAGCACUUCCGCACCAAUGGGGAGUUCGACUACCUGGACUUAGACUAUGAGAUCACCUUUGGAGGCAUACCUUUCUCUGGUAAGCCAAGUUCCAGCAGUAGAAAGAAUUUCAAAGGUUGCAUGGAAAGCAUUAACUACAAUGGCAUCAACAUAACUGAUCUUGCAAGAAGGAAGAAACUGGAGCCUUCAAAUGUGGGAAACCUGAGUUUCUCCUGUGUGGAGCCUUACACGGUGCCCGUCUUUUUCAACGCCACCAGUUACCUGGAGGUGCCUGGGCGGCUCCACCAGGACCUGUUUGUGGUCAGUUUCCAGUUCAGGACAUGGAACCCCAAUGGCCUCCUGCUUUUCAGUCACUUUGCAGAUAAUUUGGGCAACGUGGAGAUUGACCUCACUGAAAGCAAAGUUGGUGUUCACAUCAAUGUCACACAGACCAAGAUGAGCCAAAUAGACAUUUCCUCAGGUUCUGGGUUGAACGAUGGACAGUGGCAUGAGGUUCGUUUCCUCGCUAAGGAAAAUUUUGCUAUUCUCACCAUUGAUGGAGAUGAGGCAUCAGCAGUUCGAACUAACAGUCCUCUUCAAGUGAAAACUGGAGAGAAGUACUUCUUCGGAGGUUUUCUGAACCAGAUGAAUAACUCAAGUCACUCUGUCCUUCAGCCUUCAUUCCAAGGAUGCAUGCAGCUCAUUCAAGUGGAUGAUCAACUUGUAAAUUUAUAUGAGGUGGCACAAAGGAAACCAGGAAGUUUUGCAAACGUCAGCAUUGACAUGUGCGCCAUCAUAGACAGAUGUGUGCCCAAUCACUGUGAGCAUGGUGGGAAGUGCUCACAAACAUGGGACAGCUUCAAAUGCACUUGUGAUGAGACCGGAUACAGUGGGGCCACCUGCCACAACUCCAUCUAUGAGCCGUCCUGCGAAGCGUACAAACACCUAGGGCAGACGUCAAAUUACUACUGGAUAGAUCCUGAUGGCAGUGGACCGCUGGGGCCUCUGAAAGUGUACUGCAACAUGACAGAGGACAAAGUGUGGACCAUCGUGUCUCAUGAUCUGCAGAUGCAGACCACGGUGGUGGGCUACACCCCAGAGAAGUACUCGGUGACCCAGCUCGUGUACAGCGCCUCCAUGGACCAGAUCAGCGCCAUCACCAGCAGCGCCGAGCACUGCGAGCAGUACGUCUCCUAUUUCUGCAAGAUGUCCAGGUUGUUGAACACCCCAGAUGGAAGUCCUUACACCUGGUGGGUUGGCAAAGCCAAUGAGAAGCACUACUACUGGGGAGGCUCUGGGCCUGGGAUUCAGAAAUGUGCCUGCGGCAUCGAGCGCAACUGCACAGACCCCAAAUACUAUUGUAACUGUGACGCGGACUACAAGCAGUGGAGGAAGGACGCUGGUUUCUUAUCCUACAAAGAUCACCUGCCGGUGAACCAGGUCGUGGUUGGAGACACCAACCGGCAAGGCUCAGAAGCGAAACUGAGUGUUGGCCCCCUGCGCUGCCAAGGAGACAGGAAUUAUUGGAAUGCUGCCUCUUUCCCAAACCCGUCAUCCUAUCUGCACUUCUCGACUUUCCAGGGGGAAACCAGUGCUGACAUUUCUUUCUACUUCAAAACAUUAAUCCCACAGGGAGUAUUUCUGGAAAAUCUGGGGAACACGGAUUUCAUCAAACUCGAGCUAAAAUCUGCCACAGAAGUGUCCUUUUCAUUUGAUGUUGGAAAUGGGCCCGUGGAGAUUGUGGUGAGGUCACCCACACCUCUCAAUGAUGACCAGUGGCACCGGGUCACUGCCGAGAGGAAUGUCAAGCAGGCCAGCCUGCAGGUAGAUCGGCUGCCACAGCAGAUCCGAAAGGCCCCAACAGAGGGUCACACCCGCCUGGAACUCUACAGCCAGCUGUUUGUUGGUGGUGCUGGAGGUCAGCAGGGCUUCCUGGGCUGCAUCCGCUCCCUGAGGAUGAAUGGGGUGACCCUGGAUCUGGAGGAAAGAGCAAAGGUCACUUCCGGGUUCAAAUCCGGGUGCUCGGGCCACUGCACCAGUUAUGGGGCUAACUGUGAGAAUGGAGGCAAAUGCAUAGAGAAAUAUCAUGGUUACUCCUGUGACUGCUCCAACACGGCCUAUGAUGGAACAUUUUGCAACAAAGAUGUUGGUGCAUUUUUUGAAGAGGGAAUGUGGCUACGGUAUAACUUCCAGGCACCUGGGAUCAACAGCAAAGAACUGGGCAGCAGAUCGGAGAGCUCACCAGAUCCACAGGGCCCACUGCCAGACCUGGCCCAUGAGCAGAUUCGGUUCAGCUUCAGUACCUCCAAGGCACCCUGUAUUCUCCUCUACGUCAGUUCUCUCACCACUGACUUCUUGGCGGUCCUCGUCAAACCCACCGGAAACUUACAAAUUCGCUACAACCUGGGUGGCACCAGAGAGCCGUAUAAUAUCGAUGUAGACCACAGGAACGUGGCCAAUGGACAACCCCACAGUGUUAACAUCACCCGUCAUGAGAAGACCAUACUGCUCAAGCUGGAUCAUUAUCCUUCUGUGAGUUACCACCUGCCAAGCUCAACUGACACACUGUUCAACUCUCCCAAGUCGCUCUUCCUAGGAAAAGUUAUAGAAACAGGGAAGAUUGACCAAGAGAUUCACAAGUACAACACCCCAGGAUUCACUGGGUGCCUCUCCAGAGUUCAGUUCAACCAGAUCGCCCCUCUCAAGGCGGCCUUGAGGCAAACCAACGCCUCGGCGCACGUCCACAUCCAGGGCGAGCUUGUGGAGUCCAACUGCGGGGCCUCCCCGCUCACCCUCUCACCCAUGUCGUCCGCCACCGACCCCUGGCACUUAGACCACCUGGAUUCAGCCAGUGCUGAUUUUCCAUAUAACCCAGGACAAGGCCAAGCUAUCAGAAAUGGAGUCAACAGAAACUCAGCCAUCAUUGGAGGGGUCAUUGCUGUGGUGAUUUUCACCAUUCUCUGCACCUUGGUCUUCCUCAUUCGCUACAUGUUCCGUCACAAGGGCACCUACCACACCAACGAAGCGAAGGGAGCAGAGUCGGCAGAGAGCGCAGAUGCUGCCAUCAUGAACAACGACCCCAACUUCACAGAGACCAUUGAUGAAAGCAAAAAGGAAUGGCUCAUUUGA